UGGGAGGUUGUGUGCUGCGUGUCUGGCGCCGAGUCCAGCCAAUCGUUCUAGUAUUAAUGUUGUCAUCGCUGCAGUCAGUAGCUGAGCAGAAGGAACUUCUCCUCCUGGGACAGGCGGGUGCCGACAUCCGUCAGUGGCUGCUGGACGAGCAUGGGAGGCACACGCGCUGGCAGACGCUCUCCGACCAGGGCGUGCAGGACGCUGCAGUGAACGGGGUGCUGCCGAAGCAGGAGCUGCAGGCGGCGCUGCAGAGGCUGCAGGAGCUGCUGCAGCGUCGUACAGCUGCUCUCAACGGUCUGGUCUCCAAGCUCGAGGGGUCCGCCCUCUCAUACCAGUGGCGGGACGGGGCGGGUUGGCCCGACGACACGGUGUGCCCCAACAAACGGCGCUGUAGUGGGUCAAAUCGACCCACUUCUGAUGGAGACACCCUCGUGGAGGUGUCUCAAUCACCAGGGACUCUGGCAGAGUCUGGCACGGACUCGCUGGUGUCGGAUUCUGACUCAAAACGAGUCGAAAAAUUCGACACAAACGAAAAAGGAAAAAACCAAGAAACUUUGAACGAAAUCGGGGCUCUGGAGGAGGUCUUGCUUCGUGGGGGGGAGCCCAGUGGGGACGCUGGGGGGGAAAGUGGGGAUACUGGGGGGCAAGAUGGGGACGUUUUAAAGGACCUCGACCUCGGGGUUGCUCACAACUCAACCCCACCGACCCCUGACAACCUCACCAGCACUGAAGACGAGCACGUGAUGUGCUCCCCCAGCUACUCCCCCGACCCCGUGAUGGGGGGGCUCCCCACGUCCCGUGACACCUACGGGGUUCACAUCCCCGUCGAGGUCUACAGGGGCUACCCCGAGAUCGUGAACGCGGUGCUGUGGUCUGAAUGUGUGGACGAGGUCUUCAGGAGCAACGCAGCCGCAGACCCCACGAUAUCGUGGCAAUACUUCGCUACUGCUGCGGGAUACUUGCGAUACUUCCCUGAUACCAAAUGGCCGGUGCCCCCCGAGCUGCUGGAGGCGGAUCUGUACGACGCGCGACGUCGCCCCUGGUACGGCCGGACGUCUACCCUCCCUAAGGACGUCGUCAUCCUGAUGGACAGGAGCGGCAGCAUGCACGGCCAGACGUUCUCCAUCAUGAAGUUCGCGGUCAAGACGUUCGUCAACACGCUUGGGGAGGACGACUUCCUCAACAUCGCCGUGUUCAACAACACGGUCAGCUGGCUGUUGAACUGCACUGACGCCUCCCCCAAGGCCUCUCCAAGUUGGCUACUUAACUACUACACAGCUGAGCAGCUGAAUAACCUGCCGCCCCCCGCCGCCCCCCAGGCGAGCACAGACAACAAGCUUCGCCUGUACCGCGCACUGGACGAGGCCGAGGACGGCGGCACCACCAACUACACCGCCGCCCUCGACUUCGCCUACAACGUCCUCCUGGAUGAUGGUGAGCGGGGCAGCAACUGCCACAAGCUCAUCCUGAUCUUCAGCGACGGCGGCACCGACCAGGCGCAGGAAGUCAUCGACAGGUGGGAACUAGUGGCACUAGUGGCACAAGGGUACCUGCAUCACCUGGCCGCCCUCCUGCCGCCCCCCGAUGAGGCGCUGCUCCCCGCCACCAUCACCCCCUACAUCGACGUCCUGACGGAGAGCCUGGCGCUGGCCCUCACCGCCCCCGUCUACAACCGCUCCAGCGACCUGCCGGAGGGGGCGCUGCUGGGGGUGGCGGGGGUGGACGUGCCCGUGGGGGAGCUGGACGCGGCGACCUUCACGGAGGCGCUGGGCAUCUGCGGGUACUUCUUCCUGGGUACCACCAACGGGUACCUCUCCCUGCACCCCCGCCUCCGGGGGCACCACCUCUACCUCCAGGACCCCCCACACCGCGAUCUCCUCGAGGUCGAGUGGCCCAACCACGGCCUGGAGAAGGUUCAGCGCAUGAUGGUGAAGCGCAAGGAGAAGCAUGCGAUGGUACCACACGAGUACCAGCAGACGGACGCGCGUCACGUGAUGGUGGUACCUGCUAACUUCACCUACUGGCUGGUACCUGUCAAUGGUACCUCGCACAGCCUCGGUAUGGUGAUCCGCAACAACGGCCCCCGCCACAUCAGCGUCCCCCCUUCCCCCGCACCCGGCUUCACCUUCCACCUCCCCACCACCGCCGUCCCCUCCUGGCUGCUGCCCACGGUUGCAGCUGCCACGCCACAAUCAACUGCUACAUCAGAUGCACCCGGUCCAUCUGGUGCCUCUGGUCCAGCUGGUGCACCUGGCCCAGCUGAUGCAUCUGGUGCACCAAAUGCAUCUGGUCCAGCUGAAGCACCUGGUCCAGCUGCCGCCCAGCUGCCAGGUCUAGUCUGGGCCAGCCGGUACACUGAGCCGCUGGUGCGGUUGUGGAGCAAUGACGCGGCCUCCACCGCGGUUGACCUGCGGGUUAUCUUCACCCGCUUCGGCUUGACCCGCUACGUCGCUACUGGGAGUGGGGGGCAGUUCCCCACGUGGCUGGAGUCGUGGCUAGACCCCCGGCACAACCCCAGCCUCAAACGCGCCGAGUUCGGGGAGGAGUUGAGCGUCUUCCCCACACCGGGGGGCGCCCUCGUCACGCUCCCCAUCACGCACAAGGGGCUCGUCACCGCCACUGUCGGGAUGCACGUGACACGUGCAGCGCUACGUGCGGCGGUCGCGUCACACCUCACACGUGACCGGGCCCCACGUGACCGUGCCCCACGUGAUGACGCCAUACCGCACGUAGCUUCCCUCCUCAUCGACGAUGGCGGCUUCGUCAUCACGUCGCAGAUCAAGCAGUUGGCCCCCGGGCAGUUCCUGGGGGCGGGGGCGGGGGGGCGCGUCCUCCUCGACCGUCUCGUCAUGAGCAACGUCUACACGCACAUCACCUACGUCGACUACCAGGCGGUGUGUGGACCCCCUCCUCCCCCGCCCCCCGUGGUGGUGAGUGCAGGAGGGGGCCUGCGCCCGCCCCUCCCCACCCCCUCCAUAGGCCUCCUCCUCUCCAGCACCUCCGACCUGCUGGCCUACCUCAGCCACGCCUACUACAGCCUGCUCGCGCUGUUGCUGGGGGUGUGGGCUCCCGUAGCCUCCCCCCUCACGGAGUUCGGCUUCACUCCCUACACUUCGGGGAACCGCAAGCUUUGCGCCCUGCAGCGCGUCCUCUACACUUGGGGCAGCAACACGACCGCCAUCGUGCACGACAACUGCAGCAACGACCGCGGCGAGAUCCUCGCUAGCCGCAUUGCCGAGAGCAACAUGUUGCUGGUGCAACUCAGCGGCUGUAUUGUGGAGCGUUCCCUCGCCACACACGCCACACACGGGUUCGACCCCAUCUCGAACACAACCCUGGUGGACUCGAGCGGUAAUUUCGCAGAAGAAGGCGCCCUUCCUUCAGACGACGAGGAGGUGGAGGACGAGGAGGAGAAGGACGAGGAGCUGACGUUCAACGCGUCUUUUGAGGCCAACAACGUCAUGUACCUCCCGCGCGACGCCGUGGAAGUCAAACGUAGCUGCUGCAAAGUGCGCUACGUCAGGCAGCGCGGUGCCUCCUGCACCCCCGACGAGCCGACGCCGACGUGCAACGGCGGGGGACCAGCGGGCAGGGUAACCCACCUAGUGGCUUCACUAGUGACGUUCUUACUAGCUGCCCACCUAGCGCGCUACUAGGUGGUGUUUCUAUGAAGUCUACUUUCCUUCUAGUACUCGAUUGGUAGUCAAGGUUCCCUAUAUUUUCCUGGUCUUACUAGAGACGAUUGUAAUAUUCAUUAAACUUAGGAUGAUUUAAACAGUGGAAAAUGUUGUUGCUAGUAUCCACUGAUAUUCCCCUACUCUAGUAUCCGUAUACAUUUUCCUAGUGGACUUUUUGUGACACCUUGGAAUUUUCCUAUGCGUCGGCGACUCUUCCUAAAACUCCUACAGGCCCCUUCUAGAUUGAUCCCUGAAAAUUUACUAGAGAAAAUCUAGCACGCCUUUAGUAUAAUUUCCAGAACCCUAUUAGUUUGUACCAAGUACAUUGCUAGUGAAAUAUCUCAGACCUCUCUAGUGCACUAUCCGGGACUAUGUAAGUUGGACACCUCACACCUAGUACCUAACUAGUGAAAUUUGUAGGACUCUUCCAGUUGACUACCUAGGAAUCUUCCAGUAGACUAUCUAGGAAUUGUAAUAGAUUAUCUAGGACAAAAUCUAGGCCGCUAUUGACGAUUCCGUUGCAUUCACAUAGCGCCACUCGAUCCUAGAUGUAUGACCUAGGAAACUCCUAGCAUCUCUAGUUGCUUGAGGGGGAAUAGCUAGUUUUAGGGUCCACCUGGCAAUGUGCCGUCAGAGGAUAACUGAGCUUACCUAGUCAUACGGCUAGCAGUGCUGCCUCACUAGUAUUUUCCUAGUCAUACGGCUAGCAGUGCUGCCUCGCUAGUCACUAGUAUUUUCCUAGUUUUGCGGCUUCAGUACUGCCUCACUAGUAUUUUCCUAGUCGUGCAUCAACUACACGUCGCGGGGUUGAAAGUACCUUGCGUAGGAGAAUGUGAGUACCGGGAGGGUACGUGAGUACCGGGAGGGUACGUGAGUACUGGGAGAGUGUGAGUACCGGGAGGAUGUGAGUACCGGGAGGAUAUGAGUACCGGGAGGGUGUGAGUACCGGGAGGGUGUGAGUACCGGGAGAGUGUGAGUACCGUGAACCUGUCGUGCGUCGUGAGAACGGGGCACAUUUCUCCUCAUUAUAAUCCCCUUUUAAAUGUCACCGUUUUAUGCCUACAAAUGUUACAUCAUUAUCACAUUAUAGUGUGAUACUGAACAUAUUUCUAUAUUUAAGGGUAGAGAAGUUUGUCACUGUAGGGGUUGAAUGGUUAUGGCCCUGUCACUAUAUAAGUUGUGUUAUUCUGUCCAUAUAUUAUAUUCUGUCAACAUGAGGGUUGAUAUGAUAUAUAGUUUCUCUCAACUUAAGGUAUAGUUUGUCCCAACAUGAGGGUCGAUAUUGUUGCGUUUCCUCAUUCUUCCACUCGCUGUCUUGCUCUAGUCAUUCAUGUACAAUAAUUAAAGUUCGUUGUUGUAUUAUUCUGUUAUAUAUAUCAGUUAUAUUAUUAUUUAUACAACUUUUAACUAGUCAUGUAUUUAGUCGUAUGAGUUUAGUCACUUACAAUGCUGAUUCUUUAGUCAAUGUAAAGUGUCAUGUUUACAAUAGAUAAUAAAUUGUGGAGUUUCUCUCUAUUAUCUGAAUUAUACGUAACCACAUGAGUCGUGCCUAGCUAGGACGUACCUAGUGAGGUCGCGUCUAAGGUUUCUUCUCAUUAGUUUCUUCUCAUUAGUUUCUUCUCAUUAGCUUAUUCUGGGCAGAUUAUCCCGCAGUCCGACAAUUGUGCGGUCUGUUACGAUGUCCGGUGUGCAUUGCUAAUAGUGAAUAGAUUACAUACAAAAUUAUUAACCAAGUUUGGUGAGCAAAGCUCCAGAAUCAAUGAGUGAAGAAUUUUAUGUUACUAUAAAGUCCAAGUUUUUGUUUUGUUCUUAAAUACAAAAUAUUAGUAAGAAAGAGAGCUAAGAUUUGGCCGCAUAAGUGUUGCGUCGUAGGCUGGCGGCAGGAGAAAGUGAUCAGAACUUUUUGGACGAGACCAAAGCCUAUAAUUAUCAAGGUUGUUAUAGCUUAUGAUGUGAAUAUUAUAGCUUCAAUUAUAUAAUUUAUGUCGUCAGAAUACAAAUAUUUACAGAAUUAUAGAUUUAAUAAAGGAAUGUACAGAAUUAUUAUUUCAUUGUUACUUAUGCUUGACUUCUUGACGAAUCUUGAUAUUACAGUUUGGGCAAAGCAUUAAUGGAACACGAAUUAUGAUUUUGAAAUUCAGUUUGCUCAUUUUUGUGCUAUUUCUUUGUUUAAAAAACGGUGAAUUCCGCCCCAAUGUGAAAAAUAAAGGUGUUUAUAUU